GCCAAUGUUAACACAGUGACACUCACCCGUCUUUCAAAUAGACUGAAAACCGUGUUCGCAAGUCACAAUUUCAGAGGAAACUUCUAAUUAUUCUUCAUUAUUAGGUCAUAAUUCACUGGGAGCCACAGAGAAUCCCUCGCUCAGGAUGGCAUCGAUGGUGGUUCAGCUGAUGGGAAUGUUUCUGGGAAUCGUCGGCUGGUGUUUGGAGUCCAGUUCCAUCAACUCAGCCGUUUGGAGGAAAGCCAGUCAUGGAGAGGCUGUGGUGACGGCCAGCUUUCGCUUUGAAGGCCUGUGGAUGUCGUGUGCGUCUAACUCGCUCGGAGCCAUUCACUGUCAGAGAUUCAAAACCGUUCUGGGACUUCCAGGAUACAUCCAGGCCUGUCGGGCUCUGAUGAUAAUCGCUCUCAUUCUGGGUUUGCUGGCUGUUAUUCUGGCCACGAUGGGACUCAAGUGCACUAAACUGGGCAGCACAUCUGAGGAGACGAAAGGGAAGAUCAGCCUCACCGCAGGGAUCAUGUUCAUCCUGUCAGGUGUGUGUGUUAUGGUGGCCGUGUCGUGGUACGCCGCUCGAGUCGUUCAGGAGUUUAAUGAUCCUUUUUAUGGAGGAACAAAGUAUGAACUGGGAGCCGGUCUGUAUCUGGGAUGGGCGGCAGCAGCUCUGGAAAUAUUAGGUGGAGCAAUCCUCUGCACUUCCUUCAAGAGCUCAAGACCUGCACAAACACGGAGUCACAAUUAUAACUACAGCGCUUCACAGCCGCAGAAGAUCUACAGAUCAGCCCCGUCUGAAAACAGCGUCUCCAAAGCUUACGUCUGAGUGUUUUCCUUUCCUUUUUUUGUACAAUGACGUGUGUAUUUUUAUUGUACUUGCAUUUUAGAAGUCAAUGCAUUGAGCUUAUUUACAUGACUUUGCAUGAUUCAUCAGUGUUGAUUUCAUAAAAAGGGAUUAUUUCAUAACAUCAAAGUGUAAAAUAACAUUCUGAGCUUAUAUG